AUGUACAGGUGCUCUGAUGCUGAUGGUGGGGUGUGGUGUGUUCUGCUGCCGAGCUGCUCCUGUGUCCAACAGCAUGCAGGGGGGGGGUCUCCGGUCUCGGUGCAGCUUGGACACACAGCCACCCUCCCCUGUUGGCUCUCCCCCCCCCAGAGCGCUGAGCAGCUGGAGGUGCGCUGGUUCCUCCCGCGAGGAAGCUUCGACUCCCCGGUGCUGCUGUACCAGCGGGCCCAUCUGGAGCACGGCUCGCAGGACGCUGCGUACGCCGGCAGGGUGUCACUCGGCCUGAAGGACGCAACGUCCAGCGGGCUGCGGGAGGGGGACGUGAGCCUGAAGCUGGCAAACGCCACGCUGCAGGACGCAGGAGACUACAGCUGCUACGUCAGCAGCGACAAGGAGUACGACACAGCCACCGUCAGCCUGGUGGUGACAGUCACCGGGACCCCCCCUCUGCUGUCCGCAGUGUGGAUAACGGGUGUUCAGGUGAACCUGAGCUGUGAGUCCGAGGGUUGGUCUCCCCGCCCAAGCCUGCGCUGGGCCGACCCCCUGAAGACCCUCACCCCGCAGAGCCUGCAGUACAGCACCGCCCCCUCCGGCCUGGUGUCGGUGCACAGCUGGAUCCUGCUGCCCGCCUCCACCCGGGUGUCCUUGGGUGAGGAGCAGGAAGUCCGGCUGAAGCUGCAGGAGCCCCCUCAGGGGUCGGAGGGGGGGCAGCCGCAGGGUGGGCAGCAUUCGGUCUCCUCCUCUCCGCAGUGCUGCUGGCAGCUGCAUUUCUGCUCUAUAGAAAAAGAGGAAAGAAAGCCAAAUUGCCCGUUGAGGAGAAUCAGAAACUUCUACCAAAAGGCAAGAUCGAGCCAACACAGAUAUCAACAGCCCGACAGAGCUACGUUAAUGUGAAACCAGAACCUAAUGAAAUAAGUACCUCAAAAUUGCGGAAAAUAAAAUCAGAGACCUGCCGAUUAAUUUCCCCGAUGGAGAUCAGGUGACCUGUCUCACCGCCAUCACCGGGACACCCUCCCUCUCCUCUGGACGGCACUACUGGGAGGUGUCUCUGGGAAUUUAAAGGCAGGGCUGAAGAAGUUCUGGUGGGUGGGAGUGACUACAGCCUCCAUCCGGGCAGACUCGCACCUCACUCCAUCCUCCUCCAACCGGUUCUGGUUCCUAUCCUCCUCCCCCACCAGCCUACAGCUUAGCACAGUCUUCGGUGGCACUGCUGCCCCCCCCGGGCCGCAGCCCGGGGUGUUUCUGGACUUUGACGGGGGGAGCUCUCCUUCUAUAACGUGGAGAAACAGAGCCUCAUCUGCAGCCUCACCGCAGCUUUCACCGUGCCGCUGUUCCCUGUUCAACCCCGGGAAGGGCGACGCGGCACCCAUGGAGUUAUUACAGAGGAAGGUGGAGGCUGAGCAGGGGGGGGGCAACACUGAGUCUAAGGCGGUCUGUGAAACUGAAGCCGGACACGAUGGAGAAGCUUUAUAGGUUAGGGAGUGUGGUUGAGGUGCUGUAGCUGCACUCAGAGCGAACUACAUUUCAUGUUUUGAUUAAUAAUAAUGAAGAAUAUUGUGCUUUUGUUGAACUGUAGUAAGUAGAAAAUAAGUAGCUUAAAGAGAAACUGACAUUUGGGAUCUACAUUCCUCUUCAGCGAAACAUGUUGUUCAAUUAACACUCCAUAGUUUGGUCCAUCUGCAUGUACCUGCUCAUAAGAUAAGAUAGUACUUUAUUGAUCCCAAUUUGUGAUAUUAAACACUGUUAUGAAUAUCUUUUAAUAUUUGUGUGAAUAAACUCAGUCUGCAUGUGUUCA